AAGGAUGAAUAAUUAUCUAAUAUUGUACGGAAUAAUGUAUGUUUGGAAAAUCGGCGACUCCGGGGCUUGUAUGUUGACACGCUACUCUCCAAUGGUAUGAUAGGAUCAAAGCAGACUAUAUGCGGGGGCACAACGUGUCGAUGUAUUCAAUUUAGCGUUUUAAAAUUCCUAUGUGAUUCGUAUUGUGCAAUCUCAUUGGAAGGAACGGGAAGGAAAGGGAGAACGGAUUAAAAAAAGCUAGCUCUCUGCUCCGGGGUCCCCCGGCGCGUGCAAUCACAGCCCCCCUCAAGGGUGCUAUUUUGCAGGCACGUCCGCUUGCUAUUGGUCAGUGGCUGGUCAGAUGGUACGGUUUCCCUCUGUCCCGCACUGGCACAUAGCCACCCAGAACACCCCCCACCCCCCCAACUCAAACCCAAUCUCCGAUAAACUACUAAUAGCUAAACCACUUGGACUAUAAAACACAACAAAUCAUAAACCAAGCAAAAGAGCCGUACCCUCCCAAUGAGUUCCUAUUUUGUAAACUCAACUUUCCCAGUGACUCUGCCCGGAGGACAGGAGUCUUUCUUGGGACAGAUACCGUUAUAUUCCUCCGGAUACACAGACCCUUUACGACACUAUCCCGGUGCUGCUUAUGGAGGUUCCAGUGUCCAAGAGAAGGCGUACCCAUCCUCUUUUUACCAACAAGCGAACGGCGCUUACAGCAGGGCAACCGCCGCUGGUCCAUGCGAUUAUGCGACAGCAAGCUUCUACAGGGAAAAGGACCCUGCCUGCGCCCUCGCCAGCAUAGAGGAGCACUCGUUCGUUCUCAGUCAGGAUCAUCGCAAGACAGACUGCACGGGCUCGACGGGGAAAAGCAUCUACCCUGAGGCCGACGAACAGAAGCCGUCAGCGCCGGUUUACCCUUGGAUGCAACGGAUGAACUCGUGUAACGGGACCUUCGGUAAUGCUGGUCGAAGGGGUCGCCAGACGUACACUCGCUACCAGACGUUAGAAUUGGAGAAAGAGUUCCACUUUAACAGGUAUCUGACCCGAAGACGCCGCAUUGAGAUUGCGCACGCACUGUGCCUGACGGAACGUCAGAUAAAGAUAUGGUUCCAAAACCGGCGAAUGAAAUGGAAAAAGGAGAACAAACUGAUCAACUGUUCACAAACCAGUGGAGAAGAGGAGGAGGAGAAGAGGACAGAAUGAAAUUUUAAAUAAUAAAAUACCCCAAAAGAAAACUAUGGCAUAGAGGGCACCAGACUCUCUUAUAACACAAAUGAAGACUUUCCAUCAAGUUAGCAACUGUAGCAUUCCUGUUAACUCAUUGUAAUUUUUUUUGUGAUUCUUUUUUUACAUGUCGUUUAACAUGUGGUUUUGUGCGCUCUGACUC